UCGGUCGGUGUAUAAUUUUUUGUCUGAUUUUUUUUAUCAUAUUAAAUUUAAUUUAGGAAUUGCUUUUGUCGCAUAAAAUGUUUUGUUCUCGUAAGAGAACCUAAACUUCGAUGGCAUACAGUAAUGGAGUUCAAUGAUAUUCAUACAAAUGAGGUAUUAGACCCGGUAGAUGUUAAUUUUUAUACACAACAAUCUCGUAGUGCUAGUCCAACACCUGUUUUAACAACCAAUGUGUGUUGUGAUUUGGAAGACAUUUUGAGCGACGCAAUAUCAGAAUCUCUUCAGGGCUCUCUUCGAAUAAGCCGCAGCCAGUUAAUCAAUCAAGAACUAACAAUACGACCAGAGGCCAACAUAGAGUCCAACGUACCGGAAGGCUUGGAUCUCUAUAAAGUUAUUUUUGAAGUUGAGAGUGACUCGGAGACAAAAAUGGGUGAUGUGGAUGAGGCUGCUGUCCAGCAGAACACAUCUUCACAGAUAAAGGAACCGGACUCGUGCCGUCUUGUCGGUGGGUCCAAGUUCUAUGAGGUGUUGGAAGGUUCCUCGGCUGAUGCCUCAAUACCGUCUCCUACAGAGAAACAUGACCACAUGAAGCCGAUUGAAAGCGACGAUGAAGUAUCAGAUGUGGAUCAGGAAUGCACAGUGUUCAGCGGAGUCAGCUACCUCGGUGCGCAGAAUAUAGCGGACCCAAAAUCCGAGAGCGACAUCCAGCGAAUCAUGAAGGAACUAAGUUCGAUGCCAGAGAGCAGAGACGGCAUCGCUGUCUCUAUAUCUGUACCUGUGUGCUCUCAGGGACUUGUUGUGCUAUACCAGGCUGACUCCAAUAGUGUGAUGACGCGUUACGCCGUCAAUCGGAUAUCUUUCUACGCUCGCGGCGCGGCCGGUUCGCCCGUCGCUUCCUGCUUCGCGUUCACAUGGUCCCAUGGAGAAACCAAAGAGUCUGCAGUAUACAGGUGCCAUGUGUUCCGAUGCCACAUCGCAGAAGCUGUCAACCAAGUGUCAAGUUGCUUCGCGAAGGCUUUCGAGCGCAUACCGCGUUCCAUGGCAUCAUCAUUGGUCGGAGAGCUGAGCGCUGCACCAUCAAUGACGGGUUCUCUUACUGAGACUUUGGGCCCCACGACGCCUGCAAUGCAAUUAAUGCAUGUCCUGGAAUGCACAGUUGAUAUUAAAGAAACUGACGCUAAGGGAACAUUCAGUCACGUCCCCAAAGAGCGCCAGUGGUUCAAGUUACGAGGCGGCAUUGAUAAACAAGUUACAAUCAAUGUACAACAAGUAACCAACAAUGUACAAGUUGAGACGGAUGAAUCACAAACGUCUUACUCUGGUGGACUCUAUAUUGAGAGAUGCUUUGGUAUAUUACUCGCGCCGGGUCGAAGCGUCAAACACUCUGAUAUGAGACUGCUUGAAAUGGUGAGCGGUUUUGCUGGUGGGUCUAGUUGCUCAGUUUGUGCGCUGUGGAAUGCGGGCGAGUCGGCGCUGGCUGCGUUCAAUGUGGCUAGUGGGGAUGGAGCGCCGGCUUACAUGUCACUCGCACUUGACCUGGUCAUUAGAGGCAUACCAGAUCCACUACGAUUGGUAAUUGAAACACCAGUAAAAAUCUUUCCGCCUACUGAGAGAUUUUGGUACUAUUUCAAAAGGUCUCUCGUACAGCAGUUCUACAUUAAUCUUAAAGAAAAUAUAGACUCUUCAGGGCAGCUGCAGUACGAAGUGGCCAGUGUGGAGACGUCGGGGGAAUUAGACAAGUCGCGACUGAAUCUGCCUCUGUCGCUGUCCAAUUUGCUCCCUUCCCCUUUAUCCAGCGUGCCUGCGCCGCCAUCACCUUCCGAACCGGAUUCAGAUAGCGACGAACCAUUAUUAAGUGGCACGGGUGAAGUAUCGAAAGAUUGUGGUGAAGACGUUCUAGAGAAUUGGGCUCAAGUACUCCGGAGUUGGGUCGGCACUCGUCCGCGAGCACUAAACCAUUUGGUUCGCGUGGGUGUCCCGGAAGCAUUGCGUGGAGAAGUUUGGCUGCGUCUGGCCGGCAUCGAUGAAAACGAUAAACUUAUGGACACAUACAGAACACUUAUCAGCAAACCGUGUCCGUUUGAUGCUGUGAUAAAGCGCGACAUCGCUCGCACGUUCCCCGCGCACGACUUCUUCCGCGAGGCGGGCGGGCUCGGCCAGGACUCGCUGAUGCGUAUGGCGCACGCGUACGCAGUCUACGAUCACGAGGUCGGGUACUGCCAAGGGCUUAGUUUCCUUGCCGCCUCACUCCUGCUGCAUAUGCCAGAAGAACAGGCGUUCUGCUUGCUCGUGCGACUCAUGUACGGAUAUGGUUUACGUGAGUUAUACAAGGAUGGCUUUGAGGCACUUUACAUGAGGUUACAUCAACUGGGAAGGCUAAUGGAGGAACAACUGCCAGACCUCCGUGCACAUUUCCAAGAGUUGGGUGUUGAACCACAUAUGUUUGCAUCGCAAUGGUUCCUAACAUUGUUCACCGCGCGAUUCCCGUUACCAUUGGUAUACCACAUCUUGGACGUGUUUCUCUUGCAAGGAAUGGACACGCUAUUCCAAGUUGCGAUUGCUCUUCUCUCGCGUUGCAAAAAGGAUUUACUGACACAUGACUUUGAAGGAGUACUCAAAUAUUUCAGAGUAACAUUACCAAAGAAAUGUCGCGCGGAGGAGUCAUCGCGGCAGAUCGUCAAAUUGGCGUGUAGCACAAAAGUGAAACGUUUGCAUAAAUAUCAAUUAGAAUACGAAAAGUUUGUUAAAGAGUCUGCAGAAAAAGAGAAGAUUAAUGUGGAAUUAGAGAGACUGAAAGGCAUAAACACACAGUUGCAACAGGACAAGGAGACGCUGGAGGCACAACUAUUGGAGACGCGUGGCGCAUUGGAGGAGGCACAGAAAGAUGUAUCCCACUAUUCGGCUGUAUCGAGCGAUUACCGCGAGAUCUGCGCAAGACUCGACCGUCAGCUACACACCUUGCAGGAAUAUGCAAAGGACUGUGUCAACUGUAGCCUGAAAAUAGCACAAAAAGAUAAUAAAGAAGAAUCUGAACAGAAAGGCGAUGAGAAGGAAGAGGGUUCGAGCGAGACAGAGGCACGGCUGAGGCAGCGCGUGCGGGACCUAGAAUUAGAACUCGCGCAGGUCAAGUUGGCACACGUACAGGCGCAGUGCAGCAAUCAGGAACUAAGCCAUCAACUGAACUCUGCUCUGAACGAGAUGCAAUCAGCCAUGAACCAGAGACAGUCGGUGGCGCCCUGGCUAGUUCGUACACUAAAUUCCAUAGUGGAAGCGGCGCAGACGCGGCCAUCUUUCCAAACGUACGUCCCCAAUUUAAACCAAGAACAACCGCAACUAUACAGGCAAGGUUCGUUCUCUAGUACACAGGGCCACAGCCAAGCGAAUCUCGAUAGACGCGUCUCGGACCCAUACUCUCCGGACGUCGUGCGGAGGAAGAAGGAUCUCAAUGCUAAGAGGCACUCUAUGCUUCUCGAAUCGAACCUCACGCUUUCGAAAGAAGCAAAAGAACACAAUCGACGGAGCCAUGACGUCUCUACCAUUAAAAAAGUCUCAAUGGGUUGACAUCAUCGUUCUGAUUUUAAAUUUUGGAGCAUUUGAUUUCUCAUUCCUCUUGCGUCUACUUGAUCGAUACUCACAGAAAAGGUAGUCGUAGACGUGAUAGAUUCCUGAGUUUGUAUUUCAAGCAAUUUUUUUUUAUUGUGAGUGAAAAUGUUUGUGUUGUAAUAUGAUUCUAUGGUGACAUUAUUACACAUGUGUUUUCGGUCUCUUGUUGCCGAUAUUACUGAAGAUGUAUUCGUGAGAUAUUAUAAAAUAUUAUUUAAUUUAGUAUUUGUUAAUUAUCAUUAUCAUUAAUUAAUAAUUGUGUAAUAUAGGUUUUGCAUCCAACAUUAUUUAUUUUGUAAAACACAAAGUUCUUAUUGUAUUUUCUACGUCCAUAUAUUUUUUUAAUUUGAUCAUUGUAUUGCACCUAUUACUAGUCAAUGUUAUUUAUUUAUCCUCGUCUGUCUGCGUACAAACAAUAGUAAAUAGAAAAAGAUUUUACAUUUUAACAAUUAAAAGUAUUUUAACAAGUAACAAUUGGCUAUGAAAUAUUGUAACAAGUGUAAUAUUAUAUAAGAUCCAUUAAAAAUCAAAUAUGUAUUAUCAUAUACAUGAAUAACUUAUUUUAUUUACAUAAUAACUGUCAAACGAAAAGAAAAAAAAUAAGUUGCUUAUUAAAACGAGAUUGUGGAAGGAAGGGUAGCUAAUAUACAUGCACUUUGAGUCCUAAAUUAAAAUAAUUUUAAUUUUAUAAUGAAAGUUGUUUGGUGAAGUAUUAUGAGUAGCAGAUUAUGUUUGCAGACUGUUUACUAUAAAGGACUUAUAUAAAAACUUAUAAUAGAGUUUUAUUUAGGAUUUAGUGAAUAAAUAAUCUCAAUAGAAAACUAAUUAUACAUAUAAUUUAUGUAUUUACUGAAAUAUGCUUGGACACAAAUUAGGGGUAGAGAUUUAACACAAAUUGGUUUAUGCCAUAAUAUUAGAUAUAUAAUAUAAUAAAAAACGUAAAUAAAUAUAUUAAAAAUACACUUGUUGAUUUCUCGCCUGAAAGUUGGUACAGCAUACUUAAAGUAGCAUUGGUUGACCAUGAAGAUACAUAUGCAAUUGGUCUUGAAUUCAGUAUUAAUAUUAUUGAGACUUUGGCAACCAAAUUAUAUUUUCAACGUUUGACAUAAUGCCAUAAAGAGUGCCUUUGGGUUUGAGUAGAAGAAUAAGUCUAGUUUAUCUAUUUCAUUUUAAUUUCACUUAUAAUGCAUUAUGCCUACUUCAAGAAUCGGUAAAAUUACAUUGUGUGAACAAUAUUAAAAUAGACUUAAUAACAGAUAUUAAUAUUAUUUACGAAUUCAAAACUUGAAUAGAGUCUAUAUGACUGGUAAAUAACGCAUACAACAAGAACAAAGUCGCUAGCCCGAAAAAGUUAAAACAGAGGGCUAUAUUGACUGGUAUACAAACAAUAACUAGCUAACCUACGCUAGUCAUACUGAAAUGGAUAAAUUUACUAAUUAGAUGUAAUAAAAAAUAUAUUAUAAAAAAAAAUAAUUUACGAUGCAUCUACUAUAUACAUUUUAAUAUUUAACAAAUAUAAGAACUGCAAGAACUGUGUUUAUUUAGCUACAUAAUUAUGAAACGCUCAUACUCAAUUCUCAAUUGUAAUUUCAAGACGAUAGAUUUGAAAUUCCAAUGAACUAUUUGAGAGUUGCAGAUGUAAGCUAAGUUGUACUGUUCGCAAUUGCAACUGCGAAUUGGUUCUAUUGGUAAUCUGUUACAAAUAAUAAUUGUUAGUAACAUUGUUAAAUAACUAACGCAUAUCUAAAUUAAUCAGACAGUACUAUCGCCAAUUAGAGUUCGCGUUUAUUGAAUCUUACAUGAUUGAUAUUAUACCUUGGUAUAACCAUAAUGAUCUAUUUUAAAGCAAACUACGACUGCAUAAUUAGGUUAUCGCCGUGUUAUAGAAUGCACAUUACUUUAAAACAAUUUCCUCGGCCAUAACUCGUAUUAAGUUAGUGCAAUCACAAUAUUGUAAUUCUAGUUACCUAUCCUAUUGUAAGUCUGUGUAUAGUUAAUGAACCGCACUAUGAUUAAUCGUUAAGAAUGGUGCACAUAUUAUUAUAUAUUGUUUGUACACGUGGCGCCGAAAUAUAUAAAGUCACUAACGGUUGUACAACACAUCACUUAACUUUGGACUAUCACAGCGUCCUCUGGUGUUAAAUGAACAAAACAAACUAAAAAGGGUUUACUUCUAGAAAAUACCUUACACAUAUACAAACUAACAAAGUUAAAUAAUAUCGCCGUCUACUUUUAACACAACUAGUAUGUAGUACGUGCACUUAUUCUUAAUAAAACUAAUAUAAAAACUAACAAACUUAUAUAACUGUUGAAUAUAGCAACUGCACUUUGGCGUCAUUUGUAUAAAGCUCUGUAUACUCAAAGGAUAAAUAUGGGCAUGUCAUGUCCAUCUUCUGCUUCAAGGAUGAGGGAGACAGCAUGACAUAUUUGCGUCAAACCUGAAGACGAAUAUAUUUAUUUGUGUGAAUGCAUAAUGUAUUUUAAUGCAUGUUUUUUUCAGGGAAGACAGUUGCCCCUGCAUCCUAC